AAGCUGGCUCAGGCAGCCAGCUGUCCCGGAUCGUAAAGCGAUGGCGGAGGCAGACAAAAGUUCCGAGGGCAGUGCCCUCCCAGAUGCAUUGACUUGUAGGACGGAGCGACUGGCCAACUUCAUGUCGAAGAUGGAGCUGCUCCGUCCUGAAGUGCUUCGGGUGAUCCCCGCGUAUAAGGCCCUGGGCAAUUGCGGCGCAGCGCUCAGAUUUCGCGAUGACCGGGAGUUGGCCGUGAAGAGCGAGGUGGCAGAGCGAAUCGAGGAGUUCUGGAGCCACUCUUGGCACGGAGAAGCCUGGAAGAAGUACUUGACACUUUUGGUUCUAAAGAACGGAGUGCCGGCGGUGCUUCUGGGCACUUGCUGCGCUUUGCUGGGCCUCGGCCUGUUUCUGCUGGGCGUUUUGCCCAGGCUCACGGCUCAAAACCACUCGCUGUGGGCGCUGCUCUUUGGCGCGGUCGGCAGCUGCGGAGUCUUCGCCUUCUGGCGCCCGAAGAAACGGGUCUUCCUGGACCGCGCGUGCAUCAGCCAGGCGGAUGAUGAAAUGAAGGCGGAGGCCAUAUGCAGUCUUGGCGGGCUCCUCAACAAGUCAGACUCCAUGCUGGUGCUUUGGGAUGCGACCUUGACCGAGAGGCUUUGGUGCGUCUUCGAGCUUGCAGCCUUCCUCAAAAGCACCAAAACUCACCCGAGACCUUUGAUGAUUUGCCCAACUUUGGCUGGGCCCUGCGCGUUCGUGGGCUUCUGGAUCGUGGCCGGGGUCUUUGUCCCCAUCGCCGUCUCCCCGCUGCGCCACGCGCCCCUCACGGCGCGGGUCCCGGUGAUGGUGGGCGCCGUGCUGGUCGCAGGCUGCGGGGCCGCCCAUGUCUUCCGGGGGCUGUGUCGCUCCGUGGAGGUAAUGCAGAAGCAGUUGUUGUCCCUGAAGGUGGCGGAGACGAAAUGCACCUGCUGCACCGUGCACCACCUCUUGGGCGGCCAGCGAUUGCUGUGUGAUCGCCAGGUGAUCUGCGAGUGCAUGACCCGGUGGUUCGGUAGCGUGGUGGACUUCGAGCAGUGCAUCCGCACCGAAGUGGCGGACGUCGUCUCGGAGAAGCUGGACCGCGCGGCCUUCGGCGACACGCUGGGCAUAGGCAUGGCGGCGCCGGCUUUUUGGGCGAUCUUGGAUAUUUUAUCCACACCGGUGCUGGCGGGUGAAGGGAUUGAGCUGGUGCUUUGGGUGACGGUGUCCUUCAUUAUGCUCUUCCUGGUCUUCCCCACCUUUCUCUCCCUCGCCAGAGCCUUCGCCUUCCAUUUCCGCCAACGAUCCAGCUGUAUCUGCGGGGAGAUUGUGAAGGACCUGUUGGUGAUGUGGUGUGCCUCGCCAGUUCUAGCUUAUGCCUUGGGCGUGUUCGUCUUUUGCGGGGUCUACUGCGCGCAUUUGUAUCCACCAAUCCAAGCGGCGGUCUGCUUGGGCCUGAUUUUGCCCAUGUGGACCGCCAUGCGGCUCUUGCGAAGCAGGCGCGGCGACAAGUUUUUUACCCAGAGCUUGGCACGUUACAGGCUGGCAUCUCAGACCAGCUAACUGCUGGCAGGCUGACAGCCGCGACCAGUCGGGCCUUGCCCAGUGUAUUGGUCCUUAUCUAUUACGUUCCUUGGGGUCGGCACAUGUGCUGCCCUGGCAAUGAAACCCACACAAUCGUGGGGCUGUCAACAAUUGGCUGACAGCCGGAGCUGUUUUUUUUUUUAAACCAGGGGAGGCUGCAUCCGAUCGUGCUCAAGC